AUGACAACCUCCGAGCCCGACCUUAGUAAACUGGAAGCCGGUGAGACAAACCAUACCACCUCCAGUAGCUCAUCGCAGCCACAACACCAGCAGACCUCACAGUUUGAUUAUGGUCCUCUGGCGCGUGUAAAUACCGCGGAAACACGUCUCGCACCGUUCGGUGGCGAGUUCCAGCCAGGACUCUAUCGUCCUGUGUCGGACCGAAAGUUUGCGAACCCUGCUCCAUUGGGUCUUUGCGGUUUUGCUCUUACGACUUUUGUGUUGGGAUGCGUUAAUAUGCAGGUUCGUGGAAUUACCGAGCCGAAUAUGGUUGUCGGACCUGCAUUUGUUUAUGGUGGAUUCAUCCAAAUUCUUUCUGGAAUGUGGGAAAUGGCGGUUGGAAAUACUUUUGGAGCUACAGCCCUGACGUCCUAUGGCGGGUUCUGGAUCUCGCUGGCCAUCUCAUUCACCCCAGGUGGAUUCGGUAUCCAGAAAAGUUUGGUUGAAGCUGACAAUGGGAGUCUGGGGAUGUUCUAUGACUCCCUGGGGCUUUUCCUGAUGGGAUGGUUUAUCUUCACCUUCCUAAUGCUACUCUGCACCGUCAAAUCAACCGUCGUAUUCUUCUCGCUUUUCCUCUCGGUAGACAUCGCUUUCUUACUUCUCGGAGUGGGAUACCUAUGUCGAAAUGAAAUGGAAGAGCCAAAUGCAAAGGUGAUCAAAGCCGGUGGGCUUUUUGCACUCCUAGCGGCUUUUCUGGCGUGGUGGGUGGCUUUUGCUGGUGUUGCUGACAACACGAACAGCUUCUUUGUUGUUCCUGUUUGGCAUUUCCCAUGGUCACCCAAGGGCAAGGAGAGUCGGAAUAAGGAGUAG